CUGCAGCAGGGAAGCAGACCAAAGCUCCGUGACACUGAAACUCCACGAUGGACGGACGAAAGACGACUACACUACAAAUUCUAUCACGGGUCUGAUCUAAGAUUUCUCUCUGAGACAUGGUGCUACAUGAAAAAACCUCUAGACCAUCUGCUCCCAAGAAGGUCCCCCAUCAGCCCGCCAAGCCGGGUCACCCAAGCCUGCCCUCGCCAGCCCUCUGCUGUGCCUGCGGCCUCUGCAUCAUGCUGGCUGGCAUCAACAUCACCCUGGUGGGAGCUUUUGCCUUCGGCACCUUCCUCCCCACCGCCAACCCUCCCAUCAUCAUCGGUCCUCUCCUCUUACUGAUUGCACUCGCCUUCUUCACAGCCUGCUGUGUGGCCAGCAGGAGGCCCACCACCCACACAGGGGCCCCUAAGGUGAAAGGAGCAGAGAAAUGGGGGCUGAUGCAGAUGGGGACGGCAGCGUUUGAGAUGGAGACAAGUGAGCAUACGCUGCAGGACACUACUGCUGUUCAGCUCAGCCCCACCAACUCACCCACCUCCUCACAUAAAUCCUGCUCCAGCCAUGUGGGAGACUCUGCUCCGCCUGGGUGUCAGGAUGGAGCUGCGCUGCUACACCUAUCAGAGGUGUCUGAUAUGGAUGUCACUGGAGAUGACCCCACUUCCACACAGAUUGCUACUUCCUCUACAUAACAUGGAAAAUCUCUCUCAUUCUGCCUUUAUUUAUUUGCUGUUUUUGGUCUAAAAUGCAUCUCAAACCUCUCUGGUUGCAGCUUUGUUGGCAUGUUUUGUUGUUGAAUCUUUCUCAGUCCCAGUAUGAUGUACGCUAUUCAGUCAAAACAUAAACACUAACAGAAGAUGAUUCCUUAAUCCAAGUGCCUGUUUGUAUACUGCUUGUUGUAUAAAAAUCCAGUUUAGGCAGAUUAUCCUGCAUUCAUGUCCUGUGGAUCCUCUUUGGUGGGUGCCUGUCACCUUAUAUAUGGGGGGAAAAGAGAUGAGUGUGUCCAGCCGAGCCUCUCUGAGUCAUGAAAACUGUUCCAGCAUAAGCCUGCUAAAUCUCAAACACACUUAUUCACACACUUUGACAGAGCUGUUAUCAUGUGUUUUAAAAUGCUUGCAGCAGAGAGUGUGUCAAGAUGAAAAUUAAUGAA